UGAAAUAUGGCGGCGGUCUCAAGUUUCCCUCCAACAUAUGGCAGGAUUACAGAAGCAGGCGAGAGGAUGAUAGAAGCAGACGAGAGGAUGAUAGAAGCAGACGACAGAGAUCUGUCUUGACAUGCUGACUUUAGCUGUAGAUGACUAGUAGAUUUUAUGUCUUAAAGUAAAACAGUUUUUGUCGACCAAGUCAUGAAAACGAUUUCUGACUGCUGUCCUGUAUAUCUCAUACAGACAACACAUACAGCUGUCCUGUAUAUCUGAUACAGCAAAUACAGUCGUACUGAGAUAUCUGAUACAGAGUUACAACACAAACAGCGGUACUGAGACACCAUACAGACUUACAACACAUACAGCCGUGCUAAGAUAUCUAACACAGGCUUACCACACAUACAGCUGUCUUAUACGUCUGACACAGACUUACAGUAAAUACAGCCGCACUGAGUCACCCGUACAGCCGUACUGAGACACCCGUACAGUCGUACUGAGACACCCAUACUGCCGUACUCAGACCACCACCUCGUUCGUGUCCAUCAGCUGACCAUCCAUGGGGAGCCAAUCGUCCAGAGUAUCUGAACCACCAAACAAACGGUCCAAACUUGAACAAGACAUCACUGGUCAAGACGUCACUGGUCAAGACGCCACUGGUCAAGACGCCACUGGUCAAGACGCCACUGGUCAAGAUGUCACUGGUCAAGAUGAUGACAGCAGUUCUCAGAAUGCUGUCAACACUGGGCCAGACCACAGGCGGGUCAGCAAUGACCAACACUUUGAAACCAUUACAGCAAUGCUGGACAACAUCAAAGAAGAUCUGGCAAGAAUUAAGAGCAAACUAAAGGUCAGUGACCUAACGCAUUACCAUGGCGAUGGGCCAAGUCAGAAUAGGAGCAGGAAUGGCAGAAGAAAUGUACACACAGAACUGUUUACAGAAGCUGGCUGGAACCGUCUACCUUACCUGGUCUUGGUUCAAGUCUUCCAACACCUGGACCAGACAGACAGGUAUCACGCUGCUCUCACGUGUAAAUCCUGGCUACUGGCACUCUCUAGUCCAGUCUUGUGGCGCACGGGACACUUCACCUUUAACGCUAACAAGGCUGACAGAGCCCUACAUUUCGCAAGGAAACAUGGAGAAUCUUUGCUUCACAUCAAGGCCGACUGUUCAGAGCUGACCGACGGCCGCCCUCACACGUCCACAUCCGUGGUGUACCAGUUCCUGGACAUCAUCCUCCAGGCCGGCAACCAACAGCUGCUCACCCUGAGCCUGACCAACAUGAGCAAGUUGUGGAAAUCCGUCGCCCACCCCAUGCUGGACGUGGUAGAUCACAUCGAGAAGCUGCUAGAACACCAGCAACAUCUGCGUCUGCUAGACCUCAGUAACGCUGGUCUAAGUGUUGAACAUGGUGUACGCCUGUUGCAGGCGGCCAGCAUCACCUGUGGCCAGACAAUCGACAGCCUGUCCAUCCAUGAGCUCAUCAACAGCCAGCUCUUGUCUCCACUGGACGACAUUAGAACUGACCGGUCCUUUCUCUCCGUCAUGUGCUACUUUAGCAACUUGUCUGACCUACAGCUGAGCUACGACUACCUGUCAGACGACCUGUUGCACUGUCUGUCCGAGACAGUCAGCAACAGCCUCCAGACGAUGACCAUACGUGCCAACUUCAACUUUAGCGCGUACACUCUGACCUCAGACAAAGGCUGGCAUCAGAUGACUAGUGCGUGUCCUAGACUCAAAGUCAUUGUCUACAUCACAGCUAAGGGUGAUGCUAAUCCCGACCAAUACCUGUGUAAUAUCCUGAGCCGAGCUAUCCCACUGCACGAGCUGUACCUGGCGUCAGUCUCGUGGUUCACCUUCAUUUCAUACCGCAGCUUCCAACAUAUCGCCGACAACUUUCAGAAAUCUCUUCGUCUUCUUGACCUAAGUUACGACUGUUACCUGGAUACCAAUGGCAUUGCUAAAGUUAUAGAGAGCUGCCACAAGUUGGAGCUGUUAAAUUGUAUCCGUUGUUUACCUUACAGCUGCCACAAGUUGGAGCUGUUGAGCUUGAGGAAACAGUUCUCUGCAGGUGAAUGCCAUAGUUGCUACAAGAGAAUGAUACAGCUCAGCAUCUCUUGCUACUCGGCGACACCAACCUGCGCCAUCACACUGAACGGCGAGCCCUUCAAUCUUAAGGAAACUUCACUCACGCGCUGGGUGUGAGCUGCCUGCUGGGGCACGUGCAUAGCUGGGACAUGUGUACA